AUGAGGUUUAAUAUUUUCAUUCUACUGACACUGGUAAGGCGUAUAUUCAUACUGUAUUUGUUAAAUCUGUCUCUAAGAAUGAUGGAAAUUUCAUCAUCAAAGACUCAUCUUCGGCAGAAACGAAACUGGAUAAUAGACACAUUUGAUAUUGAGGAGGAGUAUCCUGGCUCUUUUCCAUAUGUUCUUGGGACUAUCAACAUUGAGCGUGAUUAUCAUGUGAAGUUUGAACUCCAUGGAAUGGGGGUGAAUAAGGAUCCCAAAGGAGUCCUCAAAAUCAACAAAGAAAAGGGUGUCAUCACUGUCCACAAAAAAGUUGACUACGAGCAAUACCAUGUUCUGAAGCUUGCAUUUGUAGCAAUGAAUCCUUCAGAUGUACUUGACACAAGACUGGCUGUUGAGAUAAAUAUAAGGGAUGUAAAUGACCAUGCCCCAGAGUUCCAGCAAAGAGUGUAUGAAACAUCAGUUGAAGAAUCACUGCCACAGGGAUCACAUGUGUUUACUGUAUUUGCAGUGGAUAAAGACAAAUCAAACACACCAAAUUCAACAUUUACAUAUAGAAUAUCCUCUGUGACCCCUCAGACACCUAAUGCAGAGUUCUUCAUUGAACAAAAUGGCAAAAUAUCAUUCAAAGGAUGUUUGGAUUAUGAGAAUGCAAAGAAAUACGCCAUCCUGGUUGAAGCAAAAGACCAAGGUGAGGUGGUACAGCUGUCAAGCACAUGUACGGUUGUGGUCAAUAUACUGGACAAGAACAACCACAUGCCCACUUUUGCUAAUCGUACUGGAUCAAGUAGAGUUAAUGAGAGGGAGACGGGAACGACUGUCUUGAAAUUGCAUGUAGCAGACAAAGACUCAAAAGGUACCCCUGCAUGGAAAGCAGUUUACACCAUACACGGAGACAAGGAGAACUUCUUCAGUAUACAGACUGAUCCACAAACCAAUGCCGGAAUAUUGACCAUUGUGAAGCCCCUCGACUUUGAAACAACAGCCAAGAAGAACCUCUCGGUGAGCGUAGAGAACGAGGAGCCCCUUUUCUUCUGCGAGGUGCGGGAGAAGACACGUUCUGGCCUGUGGCAUGUUAAUAUGAAGGGAGGCGCUGGUGGCACAGAGGCACUCCCAGCUCCCUUUGUUGAGCACAUCACCGUGUUUGUGGACGACGUCAAUGACCCCCCAGUUUUCAUCCCUGCUAAGAAGACCAUUGUGGUGGAGGAGAAUACCCCGGCGGGACGGUCGAUUUAUACUUUCACUGCUAUAGAUCUUGACAGCAGCUAUGCCAACAAGUUUGAAUUCAAGAAAGCCAAUGACUCAGAUAACUGGGUGACUCUGGACUCAAAAACUGGCCAAAUAACCACGUUAAAGACAAUGGACAGAGAGUCAAAAUAUGUUGUGAACAGCACCUACACUGUGACCGCUUAUGCUGUUGAUAAAGGCACACCCCCCAUGACUGGUACAGGGACUUUAAUCAUCUUGCUGUCGGACCAGAACGACAAUGUGCCCCUGCUGUUGAACCAAAUGCUGAACAUGUGCCAGUUGGAUGGACCAUCUAGGACCGACAUUACAGCUCAUGAUGCGGAUCUGGACCCCUAUGCCACCCCUUACCUCUUCGAGCUGCUCGGCGAUGUAAAGGACAAGUGGCACCUCGAUCCAUACUAUGGGACCACAGCCACCCUUGUGAAGGAGAGCACGGUUUACUCCGGGACUCACAUGUUGCAGCUUAAGAUCUCCGACGCCCAGGGCCACUUCUCUGUGCAGAACCUCUCAGUCACUGUUUGUGACUGCUCAGUCACGCCGAACUGCUGGCUUCGCAGGUCCACAGGCUCCAGAGUGGACAGCAGUGCCAUGGGGGUCAUUUUUGCAGCGCUUUUCAUACUGCUGGGUGUCGUCCUUUUGGCCUUCUUUGUGUCUUGUGCGAGAGAGAAAGUUGCCAUCCCAGUCGAUCCACAAGGUGAAGAAUACUUGUUUCCAUCCAAUACCGAGACACCAGGAACUGACUGUGAGGUACCUAAUGAACUACUGCAUAAAGACCAGGUGGACAAAGGGUUGCAAACAAACAGUAACAAUAUGCCACAGGUCCAGCUCAGUCAGGUGGCCAAUCAGAGCCGCUACCAAGUGCAAUUCGGGUACAUGCAAAGUGAACAGUCAGCGUCGAAGCUUCAGCACAGAAUUUCCCUGCGCAGGAAUGUGAGCAUGAAUUCUCAGUACAAGAGCAAGUUCUCUCGGAAGGUGCAAGCCAUACAAGCUCGUGAGGUUCUGCCAGACUACGAACCACGACCUUAUGCAUACGAAGGAGACUUGAUGACGGACCCCCAACUGGACAGCAUCUCCAUUCCUGGGAGUGAGUUCACCCCAGAAAAGCUUCUGGACUUGGGUCCAAAGUUUUCCAAACUGGCUGCCAUCAGAAGGCCAAUGCAGGACUAG